AUGAUCACAGAAACAAAAGCUGUCGGUGAUACAAAUUUGCAUCGUCAUGAAUCGAAAACAUCUGUCUCUCAAGUUGAACUUAAAUCAUCGAUAAAUUCCGAGCAUGUUUUAAAUUCUCGAUCAGGAAAUAAUAUAGCAUCGAAGGGAACAGUUCAUAAUAGUUUGCUUCAAAAUUCUACAAAAUCAAAUCUUCAUAAUUGUCGAAGAUUUCCCAAUAAUGAUUUAGUUAAUACACAUUUUCCUAUAAUAAAUAUGAAUGAAGAUUCACCGAUAAACAAUAAAGUAUCAUCCUGUCAAUUACCAGCAGUACCUAAACAAGCUGGUACAUUUAUUUAUCGUCUCGUUAAUAAAUUUUUUCUUUUGAAAAAUGCAAACAAAAAUAAAGAAGACUUAUUUCCUAUGAAACAAAUUAAACAAAAACGAAGCAAUACUAAAUUAAAUGCAAAACUAAUAUCUGAUAAUAAUCAUACGUUAUUAAAUAUUAUAUCAAGAAAAAGACAACGACGACAGCAGUGUUCAAAAAAUACUACAAAUAAUAAUCAACACUGUACUGUUUGUCGAAAAUAUCGAAAUAGUUUUUCUAUGGUACCAAUUAGUCAAAUACAAGUUUUAUCCACAGAUUAUAUUUCAGAAUCUUCUCACAUUAUCAAUAAUAAUGCGAUAGCAAAUCAUCGAAAACAACGUUCGGUUUUAACAGUUGAACCAUUCAUAUCGUUACCAAGAACUCGAUUAGAAAAAAUACGAUCGUUAAAUGAAUCACAAUGUCAGACAAUUGCAUCAGCAGUUGAACUUAUCUUUGAUUCAUUAAUGUCAAAUUAUCAACAAAUAUGA